GAGGUGCAGUACUGCUCUGUACUUUAGAGGCCGGCUUUCCAGUCCAAGGAGGAGUAGAACUCGGACAAGCUGCAUACAAGAAAGCAAAUGGAUGUGGAUACGUUCAGACUUUUGUCAGUGCCUAUCAGGAGAGUUGGUUUUUGAGCUGUGUUGGUUUCUAUGAUCUACAUCUGAUUUCCAGACAACUUCAUCCAUGGAAAAUGUUUUACACUGGGUAGAUUUUUUAUUUUUUGCUUGGAUCUAUUUUAUUCUUCUAUCCUGAAUUAAACUGCUAUCCAAAAGGUGAAAUGUUGAAUUAAAACAUGGUAAGAUAAACUAUUUUGCUACUUUCAACAUUGAAGUUACAAUAUACAGCCUAUUCUUCAGACUUCUGUAUGAAACUUGGUGAUGUCUGUAGGAUAACCAACUGCUGGGAAGGAAUAAGAAAUCUGGGGAAAAGGGAAGGCAGCUACCGGAACACGGCACACAGAGAAUCCUACAAUCCCAAAGGAGAAUCACUCUGAGGAGCCAUGCAGGUUUCCUUUGCAUGUUCAGAGCACAAUUUGAAAACUCGGAGUGCAGAAGAUAGGCUAAAUCGUCAAAAUGUGGCUAGUCCAAACCUUGGCACACGUACAAAAUUCCGAACUGUGGCUAUGGUCGCCCGGAGCCUAGGACAUCUGUCAGUGCAAAAUGUUCCAGCCCCAAGUGAUUCCAACUUGCGUCAUCCAGGAAUGAAAUAUAGAAAUCUUGGCAAGUCCGGCUUAAGGGUUUCCUGCCUUGGCUUAGGAACAUGGGUGACAUUCGGAGGUCAGAUCACCGACGAGAUGGCAGAGCAGUUGAUGACACUGGCCUAUGAUAAUGGAAUAAACCUUUUUGACACAGCAGAAGUCUAUGCUGCAGGAAAGGCCGAAGUUGUAUUAGGAAAUAUAAUAAAGAAGAAAGGCUGGAGACGGUCCAGUUUGGUGAUUACGACCAAAAUUUUCUGGGGUGGAAAGGCAGAAACUGAAAGAGGUUUAUCGAGAAAGCAUAUCAUUGAAGGAUUGAAAGCUUCUUUAGAAAGGCUUCAGUUAGAUUAUGUGGAUGUAGUCUUUGCUAACCGACCAGACCCCAACACGCCAAUGGAAGGGGACCCAUUUAGUUCUUCCAAGUCAAGAACAUUCAUCAUAGAAGAAACCGUAAGAGCAAUGACUCAUGUGAUUAAUCAAGGAAUGGCAAUGUACUGGGGAACAUCACGUUGGAGUUCUAUGGAGAUUAUGGAGGCAUAUUCUGUAGCUCGCCAGUUCAAUCUGAUUCCUCCUAUAUGUGAACAAGCAGAAUACCAUAUGUUUCAAAGGGAAAAAGUAGAAGUACAACUUCCAGAGCUUUUUCAUAAAAUUGGUGUAGGUGCGAUGACGUGGUCGCCACUUGCCUGUGGAAUAGUUUCUGGCAAAUAUGAUGGCGGGAUCCCUCCAUACUCAAGAGCCUCACUAAAAGGUUAUCAGUGGUUAAAAGACAAGAUCUUAAGUGAAGAGGGAAGACGGCAACAGGCAAAACUGAAAGAGUUCCAGGCCAUUGCAGAGAGAUUGGGUUGUACCCUUCCACAGCUGGCAAUUGCCUGGUGCUUGAGGAAUGAAGGCGUCAGCUCGGUGUUGUUAGGUGCAUCUAAUGCUGAUCAGCUGCUGGAGAAUAUUGGAGCAAUACAGGUCCUUCCGAAACUGUCCUCUUCCAUUAUCCACGAGAUUGAUGGUAUUUUGGGUAACAAGCCAUACAGCAAAAAAGACUAUCGAUCAUAAUGGUGAAUGCCGCUGGACGGGACUGUCACGGUUCUACUCCAACUUUCCUAUUUGCCUGCUUUAGCUUUACUGAUUCAAAGUGGAGUGUGGCUGCAUCAAAGAACACACCGUUUCCAGAUUGAAAAAAAUGUCAGGAAAAAAAACAAAAAACAUUCAAAUCAUUAUUGUAAGAAUCCAUGCGCUUAAUGUAUACAAUUAUCUGCUGAUUUGCUAAACUGCACAAAAAGUAGUUAAUGGAGGAGCCGCCUUAGUAGUAACAUAAUACUUUGUUUCUCUCCGAACGAGUGGCUUUUGCGUUUCCUCUGUGUUUGCUCAGGCGUUUUUCUGAAAUCUCCAUGUACAUAUGUAUCAGAUACUGGAUUCUCCUCCAAUGUGAUAUUCUGGCUUCAUAUGUCAGUGCUUUGUAUAAAAACAAACUGGAAUUGUAUUCAUUCCAUCUCUUGCUAAACAUUCUCCCAUGAAGACAAAUACACGACACACAUCUCUAUCAUGCGAUACUAAUCCCUCAAUGUCCGUUUGCUGGCAGCUGUCAUUUUAAUUUUAUUUUAAUUGUAUGGUGGCACUUCCUCCACUAGGGCAGACGUAUUGGACGGGUGUUGGGGGCGCACGUGGCCCUUUCUCUCCUACUUUUACACCUUCAGACCAUCGUAGUUUAACAUUAUAAAACAUUAUUGCACAUGGGAUAUUUUAAUCACUACAAUGCAUGUUUCCCAUUGGUCCAUGUUUUCUGCAGCACAUUGUCGAGUGCAGGGGACCAGUGGGGGUAGAAAGUUGGAAACGUAUUACUAGUUCUUUGAAGAAGAACCGUAGCAAUCGAAUUAACUUGCCUCUUCUGAUCAGCUGCUGUGUUGCGUAUUUUAUUUUCGGGUUGGUCAGAAAUUGCUGACUCGGAACUGAAUGCCGGUCGGUAGGGACCUUUGAGAACCAUGACAAUCAAAAUGCCUUUAGGGCCUGUUCCCUUAAAGGGAAUUAAAUUCUGUUUGUUUUGUUAAUUAAGAUUUUGCCCAAAAUCAUACCCUGUAGCAUGUAUUUCCAUUCAAUGGUUUCCCCCAGAAAGCUUAGCAGUGCUCUCAACUGCCAGAUCCUGUUGAAGCUCCGUGAUGUGCAGUGGGACAGGUUUCUUCCAGCUUUCCUUCUCUGUACUGACUGAGCCUUGAGCAUAGAGAGUAAUUCAAUUGUCCUCCUUCUUCCUCUCCAUCUCUCUUUGUUUUCUAACCAUGAGUUAAAGUUUGCAAAUCAGAAGCAAUAUCUGCAUUUUCAGACGAAGAAUCGACGGUUGAGGCAUUGGAGAUUUUCACAGUAUACGUUUUUCGGAAUUAUAGAUAGAAUUUUCUUAAAUUUUUUUUUCCAUAAUUUAAGACCCAAGUCCUGUCUUCAUGUCUGCACUUAAGUGUUUCUUGCCUGAGCAGAAGCGGUUAAAAUUAUAAGCAUCACUGGCCCUCAGUAGGCUUGGGCGCAUUUGACCCGUUUCGUUACGCCAAAAAUUAGUCGCCGACGCCCAUUAAAGUCUAUGGGCGUCAAAAUAUAUUUUGUGCUGUAGCUGCCCUUUGAAGACAUCUUUACUGAUAAAAUAUGUAGUUAUAUUCAUAUAUUUUUAAUUAUUAUAUUAUGAACCUGAAUCACCUGUUGCUUUUGUGCAUAAGCAGAGCAUUAGGGAUCAGGGGCAGAACUACAGAGCAAGCAGACACUGGUUGCAGGGGGUUCUUUACGUUUCUAAUUAAUGAGCAUUUCCAAUAUAUUUUUAUAGAAUAGGUCUACUUGCAACUGAUUUGGGGCCCUAAAUUUGAAUUUGCUGUGGGGCCCAGUAGUAUCUAGUUAUACAAUUGUGAUGGAGGCUUAUCUGAUUUAUAUUCAUACAGAAUUAUUUUGCAGUAGAAACCCUUCUGUAGGCAGCCUUCCCAAACAAAAAUGUCGCCCUCUUCCCCUGCUUUUGUGGUCUCUUAACCUGCCAACUACCCCAGCAUUUUUCUACAAAACGAAAGUACUAAAAGUAGAAAAAGUACAAAACUAAGCUGUAAGAAGUACUGUAGCUCCACGGCUGCCCGGAGACGUGUACUGAGAUUGUCGCUUAGAGUUUAUAUUCAGCGAUGUUCACUUUGCAAGUAGUUGUGAUUGUAUUAGGGCAGGGCUUGUGGGAAUCACGUCAAGUCAUUCUCUGCAUAUUUUGAGCUGAUAACUCUAGAACAUUAAGUCUAGUUCAUUGUUUAUUGUGCUUUUAUUGCCACCCCAAAACAGAUUAAAGUUAUCGUGGACUGAUAGCAAUGUGUGCCGGCCGUGGGACUCAUCCAUUGUAGCACAAGCAAAGUGGACGUCUCUCCAGUUAUUUCUAUACUCAGCCCUCCUCCCAGCCAUUGGUUUGGAGAACCAUCAAAGGGGGGAGGGGAUAUCCCAGUUUUAGUGCCUUUUUUCUUUUUUUUUUUACCCUCUAAUUGAAGAUGCCAUAAGAGCUUAGAGAGCUUAACAAAUUCUAAUCUCAAAGUCUAAUUUUAAUCAAGCAGAGGGCAGGACAGUAAAUACAUUUGGCUGAAAGAUCCUUUUGUUAAAUGAAAAACAAAAAUAUUUAACAGCAGAGACACCCCCUCCCUGUAUACGUUUAACCCUUUACAAACACCUUUACUGUUCAUCAUCCUAAAAUGUUCCUUAUUCUAGCUCAGUAUAUACCGUUUCUAUAUACGUUCUGCGAGUGCCGUUCACGCUCAGUGUUUUGUGGCAUUGCCUCCAGGUUAAGUACAAGAUCACAAAGUAGAAGCUAUAUUUAUGGAUGAAGCAGUCUAGUGAAUAGGAUCCUUUGGCACAUUACACAAGUACAUUUUCCAGCAGCCCCUGCUGAACUGGCACAGAAUUGGUAGGGCUGUAGCUUUUAAUGGCUGCAUUUUUCUGACUGUGUAUGUAAUAUCCUUCUUCUGUGCUUGUUUUUCUCUCAAACAUUACAGCCCAGGGAUAAUCUUUACAUUGCAGGUAAAGUGUAAACACAACUCAAUAAAAUUCCAGUGUUAAACGCGUCCAUGUUGCUGCCAACUUGCAGAAUAGAAUCCUGUCCCCCGGGAGGCGAAACAUUAUCCAAAGACUUGGAUUUCAUUUAAUAUUGCUGGAAAACAGAUUUCAUUUAGGCAAGCUGUUGUUACAUUAACAGAAAUAGAGACUUGAGAGCAAUGUUAAACUGCAAGAAAACACACUGAAUGGCUCCGUUUCCAUAUAACCGUAAUAUAACUGAUCCCUUUGAUAUCUUUUUUUUUUUGGUUUGUUUGUUUUGAGCAUUACCUUAAGGAAAGACACGGGGAGAGAUUUAAUCGCCGCCGAUAAAUCGUCUCUUUUUUGGGGGCGACUAAUCUCACCAAACUGCCUCCCGCCGGCUAUAGUCUAAAUCGCCAGCAGGAUGGAAUUUGGAGCGAUUGGUUUUCAGAAGUUUCCUCAUGGGGCAACUUCGGAAAACGAAGGCCACCGAUUGCCAUCCCGCCGGAGAUUUGCAUUCUAGCCGGUGGGAGGCAGUUUGGGAAGAUUAGUCACCCCAAAGAAGAAGAGAUUUGUCGCUGGGCGAUUAAUCUCCUUGAAUCUGAGCGUGUGUCUCCGACCUAAAGGAAAGCUGUUAAACUAAGAGCAAAUAUGGAAUUCCAUCACACACCUAGCUACUAUACUAGUAAUGAGUCGGCCUUGGAGUAAUAGCUCUGUUAUUACUGUAUAUUAGUGAUAGAUAGGGAAUAUUGGUUGGAAUUCUAGCAAGUGGCUAAGCACUGAGAUCAAACGAGCUGACAAUGGAAUCAAAGCAAAGCCCCCUUCUCUUAACUAACUAACAUGGAUAGUUUAUAUAUUUUUUUUAAAAAUUUUAUUUUAAAACCCUAAUUAACAUGUAAUUAUGAGAUAAAUACUGUAAGUACUUCUAAAGUACUAAAAUGUCAUGAACUUGACUCCGUUUCUAGAUGAUUGAAGUUUUCCUUAUUGUUGUAACAAGGGAGACGAUCUGUUGGCGUAACUGAAAUUCAGUUGAUUUUGUUCGUACGGCUAAAGCUUUUCCUUUUAUUUCCAUGGAAGUGUUUUCUAUGCCCGAUCCCAGGGGCGACUGGCUGGAGGUUGGUGAAUGCAGACUUGACUUGGAGAUGGCAGCUAGUGCCUUAUCCAAAAGUGAUUGGUUUUCAGUAUAGACGAGGCACACGAUUGAUGAAUUAGUGUUGUUUUAUGGGGAGAAAAGCAUUCUUCUAGAUAUUCUACUUCUGUUAGGCCAACACCUUAUCUAAGACAAGUCAAGCUAAUCACUAUUUACGCCAGUGUGUUAGGGAUUGUCAGCUCCCCAGGAAUAUCCUCUAAUAUACACUUUUACUUGUCUUACUUUCCUUCUAAGGCCCCGUUGGCUUAAAUAAUGGAUUAAAAAAAAAAAAUCCAAAAGAUAAUGAAGUGAAUCAGGCUCAGCAGUAGAAACGUUGGCUUCAGGUGCCAGGCCCCAAACCAUCAGCUUGGAGAGCAGAACACCAUAGAAAUGGCCGGGAAUACUGAACAAUUCCUACAACAGGUCAAAGGAAAAGAAAAAGCAGAAAUAUAUUCAAACAGAAACGCUGUUGUUUGAAUACAUUUCUGUCUUUUAUAACUUAAUAGUUUUAAUUGGUUUCACUUAUGUUCUAAUAAAUGCAAGCGCAGUGUAAAUGGAAAUAUAGCACAGUGAGUGCUGUUUAAAAGCUCUCGUUACAGGAACAUGCCUUGAUCUAAUUGAGUCCCAGUUCCAUUCAGAUUGGGUAUUUCCCGCAGCCCAUGGCUCACAUUGCAGCACAACAUUCAAUCAAUAACUUAAUCAUCACUGGCCAAUAAUCAUUUGAUAUUUUAUUCCUAGUCUUGUCUCUGUCCAACUCUCCCUACGUAACUGUACUUAUUGCACUGGCUCAUACACAGACUAACGUAACAACCCAACAUAAACAUACUGCAUUCUUGGACAUCUGAAGAAUAAAUGUAUUUUGAAAGUGGGGGUGAAUGUGCAUGAGAGUAGAGCAGCAGUUACUAUGCAUUGUACUGAUGUGUAAUCCACCGACUCGUCUAUACAAUCGCUCACCCCCUACUCUGAGCCAAAACUCUUCUUCUGCACAAAACACAACUGCCUGGGGUCACCAAAUUUUUUUGGCCUUCCUUGUACCCCCUGGACAAAUACAUGUACAGUACAGACAAUUUCUGUAUUUGUCGUGUGCCCUUAUAGAAUUGGCACAAUAUAUAGCCGAGAGUUUGGAGAAGAUGGCGGCGCAUCGCUCAGCGUUCAAUACCUUGCUGUGUGUUAUUUCUGGCAAGAGCCUUGCCGGGAGUAGGACGUGCGUAACUACAAUCAUGGGGCCCCCAAGUGAUUUUAGGUUUCCUUCUCCAUGUUCCAAAGGUUCUCUAAACGUCUUUGGGUAAAACAUUCUUUCUCUGUUUUUCCCUGUUAUGUAAAUCCCAAAGUUUGAGCAAUAUUGUAAAAUCACAAAUAUCUGACCAUAGUCCGUGGUACAAAAACAUUCUUUAUGCCUCAGAUUGGGGGCAGGAGGGUGAAUAUGUACAGGGUUAAAUGAUGGAUUUUGCCUGCAGUGCAGUAAUACAGAUAAAAUGCCACUUUUACUGGAGCAACAGAAUUUAUUAUCCAUUUCUUUUAUGAAGUUGGUACAGUAGCCUUUGAAGCUUAUGUGAUAUUGUUCUACAUGGCAUAUUGCCCUCCUUAUUACACUCAUCUCAUUGCUCUGGUAUUGGAAUUGUCUCCAACCAGAGAAUCCUGAAUAGAAAUGCUGCUGCUUCUCUGUCGCUUGUCCCUUCAUUAAUUGCUGUGAUUUCUGUUCCGUCUGUACCUAGUUGUACUUAUUCCCAAUAUCCACCUGCAGAAUAGUCACAGAGCUCACCUUCUUUAAUCUCAUGUGUGAACCUGGUCGCGGCUCCAUCUGUAGGUAACAAUACGUAUCCAUAAAAAUUGUCUGUUAUAAAAUCUGAAUUCUAAAGCAGAUUCCUAUUAGGCUGAUCCAGUAGUUGCUGAACUACAGUGGCAUUACAAAUAUUUCCCAUGGCCUGCUGGGAUUUCUAGCGCUGCUUUGCAGAACUGAUCCAGUGGUUUCUUGGUUUCCUUCCGUCAUUAUGUUUACGUUAAAAUAGAAUCUUGUCAUGGUUCCAUCUCGUAUAUUCAAUAAAUGACCAAUUAUUCACUAGCCAUGCGCUCGCUGCUGCCAAUAAUAAAAGAACUUGCUUUAGAUUUUGGCAACGUCUCCUCGAGAGGGGAAAACUUUAAAACAGAAAUAGAAGAAAAAUCUGCUUUUGUGUUUGACCCAAUAAAGUAUUUCUAAUUGCACGUUAUAAAGUCUUAACGCUUUGGAUAAGAGGCACUGAAUGUAAAUGACUAUGGCACCUCCACGUUUCACAUUUAUGCAUAUCUUAUUCAUAGGUAACCUUUCAAAUAAUGCUAGAACUGUGAAGAAAAUGACUUUUUGUUGUAAACGCUUUUAAGUUUUAUUUUUCCAAGUUCCAUGUUUGAGUAUAUCUACCUUGGGAAUAGUAGCGACUGUGGAGCUUCCCCUUCGGAAACGCCACGACGGCCGAUCACAUCUGAUUGUCCUUAUCAUGUUUAAUCUCUGUUCUGUAAAUACAAAUAACGGUCUUUUUAUAUUUUAUGUAUAGAUCUUGGUUGAGCUGAACUGCAAACAUAAUGACCUGAGAUUGCGGUGCAUUGUGCUUCUGAAUGAAUGUUCAGAGAUUAACAGCUGAUGUAUUUAUGGAAUGACAGAAUAAAAAGAGAAACAUU